AUGGGUAGCACUGGAAGUGAUGUCUUCACUGAGAUAGGGUUUACAAAUUGGAGGAAAGGACCCGAAAAUCUUCGAGUCCAUGAGGGAGGUGUUGGAAGUCUUUAUAAAAAAGUUGUACAACAAGCUAGAGAUUUGAUGACACAAAAACAACACAUUGAAACAUUUGUGAUUAAGCAAACUGAUGAAGCUUGCAUUAAUUAUCGUACUUUAUUGAGUGCCUCACUUGAGUGCACAAGAUGGUUGUUGGGACAAGGCUUGCCUUUUCGUGGCCACGAUGAAUCGUUGAAAUCAAGCAAUAGGGGUAAUUAUUUGGAGCUUAUGCAAUUUCUUUCCAAGCAUAAUGAACAAGUUAGGAACGUUGUGUUUGAGAACGCUCCCAAGAAUCUUAAGUAUACUUCUUCUGAUAUUCAAAAAGAUCUUGUUCGUGCUUGUGCCAUUGAAAUUGUAGAUGCAAUCACUAAAGAUAUGGAAGGUGCAUUUUUUUCUCUUUUGGUUGAUGGAGCACGUGAUUCUUCAACUAAAGAGCAAAUAGCAAUGGUAUUGCGUUAUGUGAACAAAAAAGGAGAAGCAAUUGAAAAGUUUUUGGGUGUUCAACAUGUCUCCUCUACAACUAGUAGCUCGCUUGAAGAGGCCAUUGAGAGAUUGUUUGCUACAACAAAUUUGAGUAUGUCCAAGUUACGAGGACAAGGCUAUGAUAGAUCUAGUAAUAUGAAAGCUCUUGUAUUCGUGGCAAAGGAAAAUGUGGAUGUUGCCAAUUUCUUCAUCAAUGCUAGUAGUUUGGUGAAUCUUAUUGGAUCAUCGUGUAAGCGUCGUGAUGCAUUUAGAGAGAAACAACAAGAACAAAUUCAGAAAGCUCUUGAUCUUGGUAAUCUUGAAACGGGUAAAAGGUUAGAUCAAGAAAGUAGUCUCAUGCGUCCAUGUGAUAUACGGUGGAACUCGCAUUAUGGUACUAUAGUUAGUAUUAUUGUUAUGUUUGAAGUUGUGGUGGAGGUGGUUGAAUGGAUUAAAAGUGAUCGCAACCAAGAUAAUCUCAGUAAAGCAACUAGGUUAUUCAAAGACAUACAAACUUUUGAUUUUGUGUUCCACUUUUUCUUGAUAAGACUUAUAUUUGGAAUUACAAAUGAGUUAUCACAAACAUUGCAAAAGAAAGAUCAAGAUAUUGUGAAUGCGAUGGCGUUGGUGGAAGUAUGCAAGCAAAGACUACAAUCUUUGAAAAAUGAUGACAUUGGGGACUUGUUUCAUGAUGUAGAAAAGUUUUGUGAGGAGCAUGAUAUUAUCGUUCCUAACAUGGAGGAUUUGCAUUUCGUACCUGAAAAAUCAAGGCAUAAAGCUCCAAAAAUCACAAACUUCGAUUACUAUUGUGUGGACCUCUAUUUUCAAGUCCUUGAUAUGCAACUAAAUGAAUUGAAUGAUCACUUCAAUGAGGUAAACACCAAGUUGCUUCUUUUUAUGGGAGUCUGGUGA